AUGUAACCUUAUAAAAGGGUUUGUGUAUAAGAAUCGAAUAUCCCCUAUUCAUUUAAUGAACAAGAUGAGAAAAUUGGGAUUGAUUAUUCCAAUUUCAUCUAAUAAAUGGAAGGACCUUACCAUUAGCUUUAUGAACCAAUAGAUAAAUAAUGUAUUGGAGCAGGAGGAUAGGGUUGUGUAAUUAAAGUGAAAUGCAAAUUAAAUAAUGAGAUUCGGGCUAUGAAAGUGAUUAAGAAAAUUAACGAAGAUAAAAAUGAAAAUUUUCGAAAAGAAUUUCAAAACCUUAAGCUGUAUCUCAUUUUCUUAAUUUAGAUUAGAUCAUCCAAAUAUAUUGAAGCUUUACCAUAGUUUUGAAGAUGAUCAGAGAUUUUACAUAAUUUCGGAACUAUGUGAAGGAGGAACAUUAUCUCAAUAUAUUGAAGACCAUUAUCCUCUUAAGGAAGCUGAAGUCCUUAAAAUUAUGAAGUAAUUAAUCAGUUCCAUUAAUUUUGCUCAUAAGAAAAAUAUUGUUCAUAGAGAUAUAAAGCCUGAAAAUAUCUUAAUUGAUGAUGAAGUUACUACAUCCAUUAAAUUAAUUGAUUGGGGUUUCUCAGGAAUGAUUUAAUAAUAUGAAAAAUUAAGUCUUAAAUGUGGUACAAUUCAUUUUGUAGCCCCCGAAGUAAUGGAAGAAUCUUAUGAUUAAAAAUGUGAUAUAUGGUCAUGUGGGGUUGUUCUUUAUAUACUAUUAUGUAAUGAUCCUCCAUUUUAAGGGACAGAUUCAAAUGAAAUUUUAUUUAAUAUAAAAAAUCAGGGUAUAGAAUUUAGGUAUUUAAUUGAUUUAAAUAAAGAUAUUAAUCUUGGAAAUAAUACAGUACUCUUGUUAAGGAUUUAUUGAAAAGAAUGUUGGAGAAAAAUCCAGAACUUAGACCAAAUGCAUAAUAGGUUCUUGAAGAUCCAUGGUUUGAAAGGUAUAAUUGUUAGAUAAUCUAAUUGUAUUAGUCAUUCAUCUGAAUAAAUACCUUCAUAAGAUUUCAAGGAGAGUAUGAUAUAAUUCAAUGGUUAUACUGAAGAUUAGGACAAUAAUUUAAAAUAAAGUAGAUUUUUAUAGGCAAUAGUAUUAUUUAUUGCCACAGAAUUAGUACAUAAGGAUGAUAAAAAAGUAUUGAAUCGUAUAUUCCGUAAGAUUGAUAAGGAUAAUAAUGGUAUUAAUGAUUAUAUGAGAUAAUUAGGAACAAUUUCAAAAGAUGAACUGAAAAGUGCAUUACAAUAAAUAUAUUCAAAAAAUUAAUUAGAUGAUAAAGUUGAUAAAAUAUUCGAUUUCUUAGAUGUUAAUUAAAGUGGUUCUUUAGAUUUUAGUGAAUUUGUAGCUGCAACAUGUAAAUUAUCAGAUGUCGAAGGUAUAUUAAUUUAUUAAAUAAUAAAGAAAAAAUAAGAGUAGCAUUUGAUGUAUUGGAUAAGAAUAAGGAUGGAUGUAUAACUCUAGAUGAAUUAUUUAAAUUUAUAGGUAGAGAAGACUAUGAUAGAAGUGAUUGUAAAGAGAUCUUUAAUCAAUUUGAUCAGAAUGGAGAUGAAAAGAUAAGUUUUGCAGAGUUUUCUUAGGCUGUUUAAAAAUACGUGAAUAUAUGUAAAUAGAUUUAAUAUUGA